AUGGCCACAGCUUUGGAGCAUACCAUUGUGCUGGAAGAAGAGCUGAUAUGCCCCAUGUGUCUAGACCUUUACCGAGAGCUUUACCUGUUGCCAUGUGGCCACAGCUUCUGUCUGCAGUGUCUGCGGAACCUAAAGAGUCACUCCGAGCAUGACCAUCUGUGCUGUCCUGAAUGCUGUGAGCGCCACAGCUGCGCCACACAAUGGCAGAAGAACUUCAAGCUCGCCAGCAUCGCUGACAACUUUCGGCACUGUAGAUGUGCCCAGCAGCCCAGCCAGAGCCGACCAGGACCCUCAUGCAUGAGCACUGAAGUGCACUGUGAUUUUUUGUGGUCCAGAAUCACUGGUGAUUCAGCCAAGAGCUCCAGAGUGGUAAUGAUGUGUCUGAAGUGUGAGGUGUCCAUGUGUCCACAACAUGUGCAGCACCACCUUGAGCUCCCUGUCUUCCGAGAGCAUCCACUGGUGGAGCCACUGAGCAAUAUGAGGACGCGAAAGUGCAUUGAGCAUGACGAGAUGUUUCAUUAUUACUGUAUGGAUGAGCGCAAGUUCCUCUGCAAUGCCUGCAUUGUUGAGGGAGGAUACAGCAAGCAUGCUAUCAAAACACUCAAGACUGUCAUGCAGGAUGUAUCUCUGAACACACAGCUGCAGAAGGUGAACAGGAAGCUCAGAAAAGUCGAAAAAAAUGCGCAGAAGCAAAACGAGGUGGAACAGCAAAACAAGGAAGUGGACAAGCAGGUGGACACCCUAGGAGUAGUUCUGAUGACUAGAAUGUACAGAUUCCUGCCAUCACUGAGCGAGUGUGUGCAUGCCUACGAGAGGGAGGAGAGCAUCAACAUCCAGCAGUAUUUGGUGCGAACUGAAGAGAUCCGUAGUCACUUGGGAGUUGUCCGUUCAGGCAUUGAGCAUCUGCUACAGGAAGAUGACCCAUUCCAGUUCAUUGAGAAAUAUAUGUCACGUGCCAAAAGUUACCACAGGCUUCUGAAAAAGCUACUGUUUCAGCCAAAUGUAGCAUCGAUGGAUUUGGAAGUCAUAGAAGAAUAUGAGGGAGUGGAAGAUGAGGAAGAUGACUCUGAUGAAAAUGAUAGUGAUGAAGAUAAGAACAAGGAAGAUAUGAGCGUAUAUGAGGAGGAGGGUGAACACAACGAGUCUGUGUAUGACUAUUCUCCAGAGGAAGAGGAGGCUGAGUGA